AUGAUUUCAUCAUCAAAUGUGAACUUCCUUAAAGAUCAGAUUGAAACAACUCCAUCAGAGCGCAAAUGUUCGUCCGAAGUGAUUACCGAAUCUGACGAGAAGCAAAUACACCCUUUCGGUUUGGAAUCUAUUGAACGCGGCAGUGGUUCAUUACAACUCUCAAAUACAGUAUUUUAUGGUUCCGGUACUAAGCCAGAGGGUGACAGCAAUAGCGGAAUCAUGGAUAUGGAUCGUCUUUUGCAGAGAACAAUGAUUUUAUCAACGGAUGCCGAUUUCACAGCGAAUAGGAUUUUGCAACGUGUCCCGAUGAAUUUAAUGAACGGAUCUACCCAAGAGCUAGCGUCAACUAGCACAACCGAAGAUAUGCCCGGAUCUUCGUCAUCUGCAUCAGUAUUCUCAAGCACCACACUAACGGCUCGCAACAGUUCUAAAACACUAAAAUGUCCGAAAUGCAACUGGCAUUACAAAUACCAAGAAACACUGGAGAUUCAUAUGAAGGAAAAGCAUGCGGGUCAUGAGGUAAAGUGCAUUUUCUGCUUGCAUAAUCGACCGCAUCCUCGAUUAGCCCGUGGUGAAAGCUAUUCAUGCGGCUACAAACCAUAUCGUUGUGAAAUAUGCAAGUAUAGUACUACAACAAAGGGUAAUUUGAGCAUACACAUGCAAAGUGAUAAGCACUUACACGCGGUGCAGGAAAUACCACCAGUUACAGGUAAUGCGAUUGCAAUUUCAAGCGGUGAUCUGAAUGCAGAAAAUUUACUUCAAUGCAUGAUUUGUUCCACAUAUUCAACUGAUAAUAUUUCCAAAAUGAUCGAGCACAUUGAGAAAGACCGAAGUCAUCCAGUGAUUGGAGAUAUCUCAGUGAUACAAGGUGUUUAUCACUGUAACCUGUGUCCGUAUAGUACUAGCCUGAAAGCAAAUUUCCAGUUACAUACAAGAACCGACAAACAUGUGCAGCGAACACAGAUGAAAAAGGCAUUCAGUGACCAACGAUUGGUGGAAAAUUUAUUUAGUCUUAUAUUCUUGCCACAGAAUCCCUUCUUGUAUAAAGAGGAAUGA